CCUAAGAUUGUCUAAAGUUACCGCAGUUAACUAGGACAAACGACCGCCGUGUUCUAGCGAACAUGGCGAUAUUCAAAUGCCUAUGUCUGUUAGGAUUGGUUUUACUAAACUCUGUUUACGCGCGAAAACCCGAAACGCAAGAUUCGUCCUAUCAAAUGCUGGGACGCAAGUUUCAAAAGCACAUCUUGAAACAGCAUAUGAAUGUCAAUGGCGUUCCUUCUCGGCCAGGAUCGCCUUUGAAAGGGUCUGCGACAGCGAAAGAUCGGAUCGAGGAGUCUGCGAGCAAAAUCUGGAAAGAAAAUGCUCCGCAAAUCUACCCUCAGGCUGAAAUUGAUAGAGAAAAUCAACUUUUGUACAACGGGAACUAUAAAGACGGGGACAUGAUGUCCAACUGGGCUGUUGAAGCUUAUCCAUCAUCUAAUUCAUAUGAUAUCAACCCAGGAUGGAAUAAAGCAAACCGCAUCAAGUUGGAUAUUCCCAUCAAAUCUGGUAAACCGGUUAUCCCGGGCAAGUCGGGUACUCCUCGCACACCAAGUACCCUCAGAGCACCAAGUACUCCAGGAACACUAAGUAUCCCCAGAAAACCAAGUACUCCCGGAACCCCAGGCAUUCCCGCAAAACCAAAUACCCUCAAAACACCAAGUACUCCGGGGACCCCAGGCACUCCCGCAAAACCAAGUACUUCUAGAACACCAAGUAUUCCCGGAACCCAAGGUACUCCCGGAACCCCAGACACUCCCGGAACCCCAGCCACUCCCGGAAUACCAAUUACAAGAAACCGCGACCUUGCAACAGUUGCAAGCACAUUUCUUCCAAGCUUUGAGGAAUUCCAACAACUCGCUAUAGACGGAACUACGUUUAAGGUAACCGAUACUUGUAAUGCGGUCGUAAGUAAAACAGACACACUCUACCAACUUAGUCCCAACCCUACGGAUUGUAUCAACCUUGCUAUUCUCCUGGAGAAGGUCCUUCCAAAUGGAAAAGCAAACUUCGUGUCCACCACGUUCAUGACUUUGGAAAAUAUCAUAAUCAGGUCGCUAUCACUGGACACCUCUACGAAAGGCGUCGAGAUCGUUGCAGCGUACAAAGGUACGGCCACGCUUAUCAAGGACAUCCUUACCCUGUCAAAUAUUCGGGCUGGACUGUCGUUUGUUUGGACACGGCCCCAGAAAUUUACGUUCGACAUCGCAGCGACGUUUUCCGUCGGAGAUGUUCCAGUCAAAGUGAGAUUGAUCAGAAAUGAACAAGGUUACACUUUCACUGCGGAAGCUACCGGCAACAUCAGCGCAACUUACAUCAAACAGAUGUUCAAUCGAGAAGAUUCAUUCCUUCCAGCGAACAGCUUGCAGACCGACUUAACUAAAGCUGGAUUUGAUUCCUUCAUGGUCAUAAAUCCUCGUCUCCGUGCAGCAUUUCUUGAUGGCUACGGCUUUCUUUUUGGUGGUUCUGUGAAAAUCCUCGAUUGGGAACCAUUUGACGUGAACGUACUCUUCAACCAGGCCAGCGAUUCCCCCACGACCGUUACAAUCGCUGUCUACACAGCGAAAUUCUCCAUAUCGAAGAUGUUGAAAGAUCUAUUCAGGAUGGAUAUUACGAGUGUUCCUGUCUUCGGUUCAAUCGAAGUUAAAAAUUUUGCUUUCUUUAUGUCAACGGGCGAUGUGGCAGAACCGUUGGAAGUGCUGGAUAUUGGCUCGGAAGAGGCUCCGUAUUCUAAAGGAUUGAAGGCAUCGUUUGAUGUCCCAAUUGGAGGGAAAUCAGUCUCAACAUCGAUUUCUAUCACGCCUACUCAAUUACAUAUUACGAUUUCACAAGACAGCGAACUUGAUCUCGGGGAUGCCGUCAACGAAUUCCUGCCGGGAAACGACUUUACCGUGACCUUGAAUGGACAAACGAGAUUGAAAAACUGGCCCUCGUUCAUUCCUGAUCCGCUGUCGAUAGCUUUGGUGACGCUUGACAUGGAGGCAGCCAAUCCAAACGGCAGCUGGGCUCUGACAAAAAUGAACAUGAAACUCAAAAUGACCAGCGAGGUCUCUUUGUUUGACAAUAAAAUUCGCAUAAAUAAUCUUGAAUUGGACUUGAACUACGAGAAAGGAGGUGAACCGUCACUUUCUGGCGUUGUAUCCGGACAAGUCGCCCUGGGGGCAACGACAGAUGUCUCACCAAGAGUUGACGUAACAAUACCGUUCCCUUUUGCGAAUCAAGAGAUCACGUUCACCUUCUCCGAUUUUAACGUUGAAAAUGUCGUGAAAGCUCUUGCUGGAGCUGACUUCACAUUCCCAACCGACUUUCCUGACCUCUUUAAGAACAUUCAACUGGACAAGAUUGCUUUGGCUUUCAAUGAAGCCGGAGAAGUGGACACAGUCUCAGUGGAUGCGAGUAUCCCUGGGGUGUGGACGAUUUUUGGAAACUUUUCGAUCGGGAAUGUGGCAAUACACUUUCAAUAUGGCAAGUCCGGCGGCACUGAAAAGAUAUGGCAACUCGUUGUUAGCGGUGAAAUUGUUAUUGCAAGCUGUACGAUAACUGUCGCAGCCGAAUUUGGAACGCAACGUGUGUCAGUUAAUGUCAAAGGCACAGACUGCUCGGCUUCUGUCGCUGAUCUGCUCAAAAAGGUCGAGAUGAAUCCGUCCAUUUUACCGCCGAUGAUUUCUGGCUUUACAAUAUUCAAUCCACAACUGAACUUUGUAUGGGAAAGAACUGGGGAACAGGCUGGAUCAAAGUCGAUCGCUUUUGCGGCAACCACAAGCCUUUUUUCGCAAAGUGAGGUUGAGUUGGCGUUUAUCCGAAACGGUGGAAAAUCCGCUCUGAUUGCUGGAUUCGCCGUACAGGUUGAUCAGAUUCCGGAAAUCAGUUUCCUAAGUUCAUUGGGAUUAUCCGAUAUUGCCGUGGUUUAUGUCAGCGAAAAAAUCCCGAUAGCUCCGUACGAGUUUACUAAUGCAGUAUUCAACAGUUACAUUCAACUGGAGCCGGAGUUUAAAGGAUUAACUGUCUAUGCUAAAUUUGUACCAAAACCAACGGACAUGCUUGGGCAUAUUCUAAGAGAAGCGGUGGCAGGGGAUCCAGCAAUGGCAGCUUCGGCAGGCCAGGAGGUUGCGAUUAUUGUCAAGAUAUCUUUCCCUCAAAUUAUAUUUGAACUGGAGAUAAACUUAGGAACGGGUCUUCAAAUUGGAGCCAUCAAAGGAUGGAAGUUUACGAAAAUGAAAUUGAUCAUCAGUAAAGCGCUUAUUGGUCUCUCUCUGAGUUGUUCCAUAGACCUGGGAAACGGUGGGCAGCCAUCUGUCUUCACAGGCCAAGUUCAGUUCACCUUCACAGGCACUGUUACGAUAUCUUUACUUUGGGAGGGCUCCUGGAAGAAUCCAUUUGGAAUCAGCAAGCGUUUGGAGAUUAGACGUUUAGGGUUGGCAUUGGGUAUAAACCUUGCAAGCUUAUUACCAAGUUUCGGCAUAACUGGUGCGAUCACCGUUGAUAUACCAAGCGCGUCAAAAAUCGAUGUUAGCUUGACCCUUUGCAUCGAUCCUGCAACGCCACAGAAAACCGUAUUUGAACUUCAUUUUACACGACUUCUACUGGAAGACGUGAUCAACCUGUUCGCGGGAAGAGCCGUAAGCUUACCAAGAAAGUUAGCCGAAGUUGGUUUUCCAGAUGAGGUGAAAAUUUACUUUUCUGUUCAAGGAAAUCCGGAUUGUUUUGGCAAAAGGUAUGAUCCAGGUGUUGAAAUCCACGGUACACUCCAGAUUCCUUUCCUUAGUAUUCGGGCACGAAUUGAUCUCAGUAUUCAGUUCACGCCGUUUUCCCUUGAUGCGAACCUGCAGCUUGAUCCAAUCAUCUACCUUGGCGGUCUCAUCAAGGUCGUGGACGCUGAUGAUGAUAGGAAAGGAGCCCACUUGAAAAUGCACAUCACUGAAAAUCUUUCUGAACUUCUUAUUGACGGUUCGUGCAGGAUUGAGAUAUUUGGGGCAAUGAUCUCCGUGAAGCUUCAAAUCAACCAGGAGAAAUUCUUCUUUGAAGGCAGACUGAAUCUUUGGAACUUGUUCCAAGUUUAUAUCCUAGUGGACAUUUCAAUGACGAAGACCUCACCAAGUGUUCACGUGAUCGGAGAAAUGCAAAAUGAUUUGUUCGCUAAGAUCAAACAGAAAGCCUCUCAAGCGAUCCAAAAUGGCGCCCGGGAGAUCAACAGGAAAAUCGAAGGCGCUCAACGAAAGGUUUCGGAUGCCAGUCGCGAGGUCGACAAGCUCCUGGGUACAAUUAACUACCAUAAACGAAAGAUAGAGGAAGCUAAGCGUGAAUGUAGUAGAGCACCGUGGUAUAAGAAAUAUAUCUGCAUUGGAACUGGUUUCAGAAUCGUUUAUCACGGAGGUGUUAUAGCGGCCUUGUACGUUGCUUAUGGCGUUGCCAAGGGAGUUUUGGCGGCGGCCAAUCUCUUCCUAAGGGGCGUGUCAGCUAUCAUUAAGGUUGGAGCCCACAUUCUUCAACAACUGGUCAAUGCAGCGUUGAGUAUUAUUGAUAUUCAAUAUGUGAGAUUUGAAGUUGAGAUGAACGGUGUUACGAAGAGAUUCGAAUUCGAUGCCAGGAUUGUGAUUCUUGGGUGGACUUUCACUCCACACUUUGCGAUUGAUUUCAGCAGCGCGCAAUCGGCCAACAACGGCAUCAACUCGGCUGGUAACUCAAUUUCCGAUGAGACCAUGAAACAGGUAAAGAAGUAAAGCAGAUCUUCAUUCAAGAAAUUCAC